AUGAUUCCCCCUGGUCGAUCGCGCAACCUGUUCCUCGGCUUCUUUGCGGCGUUUCCUCCUCUUAGGGGCUCGCUGGGGGCCGUGCUCACUGGUAUAUUCAUCGACUCAGUUGGUUGGAAAUGGCUCUUUAUUCUGAUCGGAACGUUGACAGCCAUAAUAACCGUAUGGGUUAUGCUCAUCACGCCUAAAGAGACCCCUAUCGAUGAGCAUGGCAGGAUCGACUACAUUGGUGCAUUUUCGGGAAUGGGUAGCCUGGUGAUUUUUAAUAUUGUGUGCAAGUAA